CGCUCCAAACUUGUGGAGCGCGCCGCGGAAACUUCCCAAAGGACUUUUAAACAGUGACUCGCUCCGCACCGACAAGACCAAGAGAGGAGAAGACGCACUUUGUGUGAGGCAACGCGGUGCGGGGAUGGCGAGGAGGCGCGAUGGUCCUCCAGCCGCGCGGCUCAUGUGAGGCCGGCUCUCAAAACGUGACGCUUUUGAAAGCGACGCGGGCAGGAGCGGCGAAACACGCGAAAGAGGGAGAGAAGGGAUUACGCGACAAAGCCGCGGGUGCUGCCGUCACCUCGACAGCAUGGCGUGCGCGCGGGGGCUCGGCUGGGUGCUCUUGAGCGCGCUCCUGCAGCCGGUGGCGCCCUGGGGCGCGCGGACGGACGCCAGACUGAGGCAGUGCGACGCGCCCAAGUCGCAAAGCGACAUGAACUCCUUCCUGUGGACAGUGAAGCGCACGCCCCCCCUCCCCCCUUCCUACCUGUACGGUACCAUCCACGUGCCUUACACGCGAGUGUGGGACUUCAUCCCGGACAUCUCCAAGCGGGCUUUCCGCAACAGCCACAACGUUUUCUUUGAGCUGGACCUAACCGACCCGCUCACCGUCUCCAAGCUGACCAGCUGCCAGUUACUCCCCCACGGGGAGAACCUCCAAACGCUGCUACCUCGAGACUUGUACCGCCGCCUCAAACGCCACCUGGACUACGUCAAGCACAUGAUGCCGUACUGGAUGACGGCGGACCAACGCGGCCGCGGGCUCUAUGCCGAUUACCUGUUCAACGCCAUCGCGGGGAACUGGGAGAGGAAGAGGCCCGUGUGGGUGAUGCUGAUGGUUAACUCGCUGACCGAGUGGGAUGUGAGGUCCAGGGGCACGCCGGUGCUGGACUUGUUUUUGGCGCAGGAGGCCGAGAGGAUGGGAAAAACGACAGGGGCGGUGGAGCGGGUGGAGGAGCAGUGUCACCCUCUCAAUGGCCUCAACUUUUCUCAGGUGCUAUUCGCCUUGAACCAAACGCUGCUGCAACACGAGGGUGUCCGAGCGGGCAGUCUGCAGGGCGCCUACACCACCGAGGACCUCAUCACGCAUUACAACUGCGGGGACCUCAGCUCCAUCAUCUUCAACCAUGACAACUCGCAGCUGCCCCACUUCAUCAACAGCUCUCUGCCAGCUUACGAGCGCACCACGGCGCAGCAGAUCGACAGCUACUUCCGCCAGGAGCUCAUCUACAAGCGGAACGAGCGCAUGGCUCGCCGCGUAUCCGCCCUGCUGCAGAGGAACCCCAACCAGACCUACUUUUUCGCCUUCGGCGCAGGUCAUUUCCUGGGGAACCACAGCGUGCUGGACAUCCUCCGACAAGACGGCUACGUGAUCGAUCACGUCCAGAGGUGA